GCAUCGACAGAUUUUGACGUUUUUCCCAUGUUUUGAUUUUCGCAUGAAUAAAAUUUCCGAAAAAACUUGAAAAAAUAUAAAAAUUAGGAAGGAUGUCACUCGUUAAAAGGGGUCAGCAAUGGGGAACCUUCGCAAAGAUCUGGCACAUUUACGAUUGCAAAUGGCAAAACCCCUUUCAGUCGGCGGAACUCAUUAAAAGGGCUUUAUUGGGUCUCCACAAGCCCAUUUAUCAUCCAAUGAAUUAUUGCGGCGAUCACGUCGUCUGUAUCAACACGAAAGACAUCGCGCUGCCAGGCACGGAAUGGACUAAACGCGCGUAUUUUCAUCACACGGGCUAUCCGGGCGGUGCAACGUGGACCUUGGCAUGGGAGUUGCAUACCAAAGACAAAACUAUGAUCAUGAAAAAGGCGGUUUACAGUUCGAUGCGUGGAAAUUUGCAGCGAAGACAUGUGAUGCAGUGCCUCCAUUUGUUCCCCGAUGACAAAGUGCCGGAAGAAAUAAUGCAAAAUGUGACGUCGCAAAUUAGGCAACCGAGAGCCGUUCCCACGAGAUUGGAUCAUAUUGACAAAGAAACGCUGGAAAGUUUUCCGCAGCUGUUGGAUUUCCCGAAAAAUUAUGUUUUGCGAUAAUUUUGGGUUAUUUUUAACAGUUAGUAGGAAUAAAAAUGGUUAGUCAAGUACCAAAUGAGGGAGUUUGAGAUUG